CGGCUGCGACAUGCGCUCAAUAAGAUCUGGAGUGGACUCGUUAGUGAGGUGUGUUCCUUCAUGAAAACAGCCUUUUUAUGUUGUUGCUUUUACCUGUAAGGUCGCUUCGUUUUUGUUAACAAUUUUCAGACAUUGCAACCCAGUAUUCACGUGACUCCUCCGGCGCAGAGAGUUUAAUGGACACAAACGGAUUAUUCUCGGUUUAUUGAAGCUUUAAUAUUUGCGCACAUGUGGAUUAUUUAUCUUGCGCCUUUGUGACAUUGCUGUAUAUAUUUUCCCCGAUGAGUUAAAUCCACCUGUACAGUAUUAAUGUUGACAGUCUGCCCACUCAACGGCACUUUUUUUUCCAGGUCCUUUUGCCCAGGUGACCACAGUGAUCCAAUACGGGUUUUCCCACAAACCACAUGACAAAAACGGAUCCUGUCGAGCCACAAACCGACGCGCAGCGCUCACACGCUCCUCGUAAUUCACCUUUAUGUCAUGUUGGAAGAGACAGGACCGAUUUUCUUUUUUGAGUCUUCAGAAUCAUUGGACAGAUUGGCGUUGGAGAGCAGUUUAGAGAGGAUAAUGAUGUGUUUCUGCGGUCGGUGUCAGUCUCUCAAUCCGACUCAGCGAGUGGGGAAGCGAGGGUGCAUCAUGUCCUCUGCAGGAAAUACAGCAAAUAAUCCAACAGCCACUGAGAUCAAUACGUUUUCUCCCCUUUUUAAAAUGUUUUAUUAAAUUCACUGAUUAAGGUUUUUAAUUAACAUCCGGGUUUUAAUUGUGUUUUUCAUUUGGUGACAGUGGGAUUUUUCCAUUACAUGCAGAGUCACUGCAGAGCUGAACAGAUGCACUUAAAUAGCUUUAAAGGUAUUUAUUAAUAAAAAUCAAGAAUAUAUUGAGAGCUUACACAUCGGGAAACAACAGCAAGUGUUAAUGUGCACACAUCUACAGUUAAUACUAAAUACAAUACAAUAUGUAGCACACUUGCUGUAACCAAGGUGAUAUAUUGUGAUUUAAUAUAUAUACACACACAGAUAUAUAAAAUCAGAGUAAAAAGUUUACUUUCUUAUGCAACCAGAACAAUAGGAUCUGCAUUUGUAUUUAACACAGGCCUUUACAACACUACUGUCCAGAGGUUGGUGUGUUUGAAGAAUUGAGACAAAAUCUCAAAACUAAUAUGAUAUUUUUCAAUAUUUUGUUACAGCCCUACUUAAUACACCUUUAAAAUCUUAACAAUAUAAGAUAAAAAUAGACUAUUCCAUAAUGGAGACAUUUGCUUGUUACAGCAGCUCAAGAUACAACACAAUAAAUAUAUAUAUAUAUAUACACAAUAUACAUUGAAUAAAGAUAAAAACACAAAAUGUAAGAGUUAUAUGUACACUAUAUACACCUUUUUAUGUCAUUGAUGGAAUAUUGCAUAGAGAUAAUUGUGUGUACACGUGAUGUGUUAUAUAUAUAUAUUAAAGAAUAUUGCUUUGAAAGAUGGAUGAAAUUUACACAAAUAUUAGAGCAGGAGGUGUAGAAAUAUAUCUAAUUGCACAGGACAAAAUUAUGUGUAAUUUGGAGGAAAUAUAGGCUUUAAAUCAUAAGAAAUAGAGCCAGAUAAUUGCAUAGUACAGGUUAUAUAAUCUUAACAAGAAUAAUCUUAUUACAAGAUAAAAUAAGUGGUAUAUAUAUAUUAUAUUAAGGGUUGAAAAAUAACAGAAAAAAGCAACAGAGAAGAACAUAAUUGAAUCCAGAUGGUUUCUUUAGAUUAGUGGUUCCCAACCUGGGGGUCAGGAUCCCUCAAAGGGUCAGAAGAUAAAUCUGAAGGGGCAUAAAAGGGUAAAGAAAAAUAAUAUCUAAAAGAAAAUAUAUAUAUAUAAUUUUAUAUUUCCCCCCUCAAUACUCACAAUAACCUCUUCAGGUCUGUGGAAAUUCCUCAAAUAAAACAAUAUAUACUAUUGGUGCCCUGCUGACCCAGGAGUCUAAGGCAGUGACUGUGUAAUCACAAUGUCACAGGUUUGAGUCUAGACCUCAUUUCCCAUCUGCUUACUCUCAAUAAAUGUAUAAAAUGCCCCCAAAAGAAAACUCUCUCUCGUGUCAUCUCACACACAUAUUGCCUCAUUUUAAGGGCUCACAAACCAAAACAUUUGGGAUCCAAAUGCUAAUAGCUUUUAUAAGGCUUUUAUAAGCCAUUAGCAUCCAGUUUUCCUCUUUUUACUUCCUGUUAAGAAGCUUUAAGGUUGCAAAGAAAUCCAGAUAUAGUUUGGUUGCUGUUUGCCAUCAAACAUUUCCCCAGAAAUCAGCCUGACCUUGUUCUUUGCUCACCUACGGGUCGCCAAAGCAUCACAGAGGGUCUGCGAGGCCUUGUAGAUUUGAAGAAAACUUUGAUUUUAUCUCUACAUUUCAUUAAUUUCUAUGAAGAAAACUAAAUGAUUUUUUAAAUUAAAUUUUAAAGUUAGGAUUAUAAUUUAAGAUAUAAACUUUAAAGUCCUGAACCAAAGAUGUUUUCACAGAACCUUGGACAGAACAAUGGCCAAGUGUCAGUGAAUUUAAUAUGAUUGUUACAAAAUAAGACAAAAUACAUAAUAUAGAUUGUAUAAAGCUACCUUAAAAUAUCAGUGAAAAAAAAAAAAGAUGCAACAUUUACAGGAAAUAAUCUGCUCAAAAUUCAUCCAAAUCACUUGUUUUACACAAACCUUCUGCAGUUAUUGUGUUCACUGUUUAAGUUCAUUGUACAGUUUAUUAGUGGUUCUGUAAUGUUAUUGUUAUGCAUUGAACAUAAUAUGAAAUAUCCAUAAAAUAUGUCAUUUCAAUCAGUGGCAAUGACAGUUUACUCAGUGGCAGAAAAGGGGUCACUUAAGGAAAACAUUUGGGAACCACAGUGCGAGAACAUGUUUAAGUUUCUGUGUUUAAUUUAUAUGAAGCAGCUGAAAAUCUCCUGAGUCAGAAACGUUUUAUCAAAGCUGAAACUGAACCGACCAAUCGAAGAAUAAGGAAGUAAUUUAGCUCUUGAGCCAGUGUGCAUAAAAUGAAGGGUCAAACACAGUCUAAAAUCUCUCAUAUAACAUUUCAGCUUCAUGGAGAAGUAUGAACAAUGUGGCUUUAGUCAAACAAACUCAACUCUCAGGCAACAGAUCUGCUUAAAAUUAUCUCUUGUAUCACAUAGCACUGUGGUGUUUCUUUGAGUAGAGGGUGACUCAUUCAUUCAGACUGCACACCCAUUACAGUGGGAGAGAGACAGACAGACAGAGAGAGAGAUGGAGAGAGAGAGAGAGAGAGAGAAACAACCACCUACCAAGUGCCAAACUGGAGGCCAACCUCUCUCCUCUCCUCCCAUCUCAUUCUUUCCUAUAUGGGCACUCAGAUGGGUUUGCAGACAGCGCAGUAACAGACUGAACAGUGCUGGAGAACCAAGAGAGGCAACCCCCAUUACAAGAUAACAAAGACAAUUAACAGAGUCAAAGUCACACGAACAAAGUCCACGAAUAUCCUUGGAGCAGCAUUUUUCUCCUUAUCCGACGAGCUCUAAAAAAGAUAGCAGACAAUGGCGACACCCAAAAACACUCCCCGAGGUGCACACACACCAAUGUCCCCCAACCGUAUCACCCGGCUCCAGGAGAAGGAGGACCUGUCCAACCUCAACGACCGGCUGGCCGUCUACAUCGACAAGGUGCGCUUUCUGGAGGCUGAGAACGCCGGCCUGCGUCUGCGCAUCACAGAGUCAGAGACAGAGGUCAGCCGGGAGCUGACGGGCCUGAAGGCCGCCUAUGAGACCGAGCUGGCCGAUGCCCGUCAGACUCUAGACUCUGUGGCCAAAGAGAGAGCACGUCUGCAGCUGGAGCUGGGCAAGCUGCGGGAGGACCACAAAGAGCUGAAAGCAAGAAACACCAAAAAGGAGUCAGACUUGGCUGGAGCGUUGCAGAGGCUCAAAGACCUGGAGGCCCUGCUGAACUCGAAGGAUGCGUCCCUGACUACGGCUCUGGGAGAGAAGCGAAACCUCGAGGUGGAAAACAGGGACCUGAAAACGCAGGUGGCCAAGCUGGACACCAGUUUGAACGAUGCCAGGAAGCAGCUGCAGGAUGAGAUGCUGAGGAGGGUGGACGGAGAGAAUCGCAUCCAGACCCUCAAAGAGGAGCUGGAGUUUCAGAGGAAUCUCCACUCGGAGGAACUGCGGGAGACAAAGCGGCGCCAUGAGUCUCGUAUGGUUGAGUUGGACAAUGGCAUCCAGCAGGACUUUGAAAGCAAGUUGUCGGAGGCGCUGAUGGAGAUGCGUAACCAGCACGAACUGCAGAUCAAAAUGUACAAGGAUGAGAUUGAGAAGACCUACAAUACCAAGCUGGAAAAUGCUCGUCAGUCCGCGGACAGGAGCAGUCACCUGGUUGGAGCAGCUCAUGAGGAGCUCCAGCAGACACGAAUCCGCGUGGAGUCCAUGUCCUCUCAGCUCAGCCAGCUGCAGAAACAGCUGGCGGCCCGCGAGGCGAAGGUGAGGGACCUGGAGGAAGCCCUGUCUAGGGAGCGGGACACCACGCGUCGUCUGCUGGGAGACAAAGACAGAGAAAUGGCUGAGAUGAGGCAGCAAAUGCAGCAGCAGCUGGAUGAGUACCAGGAGCUCCUGGAUGUCAAGCUGGCUCUGGAUAUGGAGAUAUGUGCUUACAGGAAGCUGCUGGAGGGAGAGGAGCAGAGGCUGCGUCUCUCCCCCAGCCCCCCGCCCACCAAAGUGACAGGAAGUCGUUCCUCUACUUCAGGAGCUCACUCUCGAUCAGUCCACUACGGCGCUCAGAACUCUCCAGCCAAGAGGCGCCGCCCCAACGACACCGACAGCGAGGCUUCGAGCUUUGCAGGUGGAGCUGUGGCCCGCACUCGCAUCACCCAGCAGGCCUCAGCCAGCGGACGGGUCACUGUGGACGAGGUGGACCUGGAGGGGAAAUAUGUCAGACUCAGCAACAAAUCAGAUGAGGAUCAAAAUUUGGGGAACUGGCAGGUGAAGCGGCAGGUGGGAUCUGGUGUGCCGAUCAUCUUCAAGUUCCCGGUGAAAUUCACCUUGAAGGCGGGACAGAGGGUCACGAUCUGGGCCUCUGGUGCUGGUGGGACCCACAGUCCUCCCUCUGACCUGGUGUGGAAGACUCAGCCCUCUUGGGGCACCGGAGACCUGUUGCAGACCACCCUGAUCAGUGCCAAUGGAGAGGAAAUGGCAAUGAGGAAGAUCACCCGCACACACCUUGAAGAAGACGAUGAUGACAUGCAGGUGGCUCACAGCACCUGUGGAGACAGUGAGUACAACCUGCGGAGCCGGACGGUCGUCUGCGGCUCCUGCGGACUUCCAUCAGACAAAUCCAGCAGCUGCUCCGUGACUUCAGCUUCCCGCUCCUUCCGCAGCGGAGGCAUCUCCGAGGGUUUACUGCCCCACUCCUACGUGUUCAGCACAAGCACUCCGCGCAAGGCUGGAGGCAGAAUGGAGAGCUGUCCAAUUAUGUGAGCCCAUGGAUCCACGCUGAAACACUUUCAACUAUUCAAUUAAUUUUUAGUUAUUAGUUCUUUAGUUACCAGCUGUAGUUAGUUCACUUCAUGUACUCUGGAAUAUUUUUUCAAGAUAUUGUAUGCAAUGAAACUUUAUACUGCUUUUUUAAAAAUAAUGUACAUAGGCAUGCUUGUGAAAUAUUUUCUUAGAUUGAAAUCAUGAUUAAAGCAGGCAGUUUUGUUUUUAUCUGUGACAUUAAGGGAUUUAGAUUUCUCCCAGGCUUCCUGCAUAGCAGUAACAUAUGAGCCUAGCAGCUACUUUAACAGCCUCAAACAACUAAGAAGUUGACGAUAGCCAGUAAAGUAGAUAAAAAUCCUACAUUCUUGUGCUUUUCAUAACACAGUUCAAUCAGAUUUGCAUUACACUCUGUACUGAUGCAGCAGGGUUGCAUUAAAUUUAUUUGUGUUCAUGUAUUUUCAAAAAGACUUUGAAUUUGAUCCUGAAAAGUAAAUUGAGAUCAACUUCGCUACAGAUCCACAGAAUAUUAUGUAUUUUUUACUGAUAUCAAUAAACAUGUUUUCCUAAUUCUGA